AUGGCUGAUCUGCCAUCUGAUCGUCUUUCAACCGAUCCUCCAUUCUCUAGUGUGGGUCUUGAUGUGUUCGGCCCAUGGAACGUCUCCUCACGUAAGACCAGGGGCGGCUUCGCUCAAACUUCAUCAACGCCACGGCGCUUUCUUUCAAUGCGUGGGCCGGUCAAAUACAUUCGUUCCGACCGUGGCACGAACUUCAUAGGUGCCUGUAAGGAACUCAAGAUAGCCUCAAACAUUGACAGCACUGCCGUAAAGACUUACCUCUCAGACAAGGGCUGCAUCUGGUCUUUUAACCCCCCCCAUGCAUCUCAUUGGGGUGGUUCAUGGGAGAGAAUGAUAGGGCUGGCAAGGAGGAUUCUGGAUGCAAUGUUCCUCCAGCUGAAAGACAAGCUCACCCACGAAGUGCUGGUGACUUUCAUGGCAGAAGUCGCUGCUAUCAUCAACGCCAGACCACUUGUUCCAGUGACAAUGGACCCUGAGGACUCGUUUAUACUCACGCCAGCUGCUCUUCUCACACAAAAGACAAGCAGUGUGCCUGCUCCUGCUGGUGAGUUUGGAGUCACAGACCUCUACAAGUCCCAGUGGCGGCAGGUUCAACACCUGUCCAACACCUUCUGGGACCGCUGGAGGAAACAAUUCCUCCCAACAUUGCAGGCCCGCAAGAAAUGGCAGUCUACUCAGCCGAACAUUCAGCCUGGAAGCGUUGUUCUCCUUAAGGACAGCCAAGCACCUAGGAAUGAAUGGCCUCUCGGACUGAUCACACAGGCCUUCCCUAGCAAGGAUGGGAAAGUGCGCCAGGUUGAGGUAAAAUCUUCAAACCAGGCGGGUCUGGCCUCUUUCUCCGGCCGGUCAAUGAAAUUGUUCUCCUUCUACCUCCAGAGGCACAGUAGAUGGACUGGUUAA